CUGAAUUUCUUUACUAACACAUGGCAGCGUUUGCUAAUGUUUUCCUUGUUUAGCCUGAACUUAACUUUUUAGUGUGUGUACAUUUUCACUCUGCAACCAAAUGAAAGUUAAAGUCCUUUCGAGGAACCCGGAUGAUUAUGUUCGGGAGACCAAGUUUGAUAUUCAGCGUGUCCCUAGAAACUAUGACCCAGCACUUCAUCCGUUUGAGGUGAGCAGAGAGUACACCCGGGCUCUGAAUGCUACUAAGCUCGAUAGGGUGUUUGCCAAGCCUUUCCUGGCCUCUCUGGAUGGUCACCGAGAUGGGGUGAACUGCAUGGCCAAGCACACCAAGAGCCUCUCCACACUACUCUCUGGCUCCUGCGAUGGGGAGGUGAAACUGUGGAAUCUGACCAAACACGAAUGUGUCCGCACGUUCCAAGCACAUGAAGGUUUUGUCCGGGGAAUGGCUGUCCGCUUCUGUGGAACAUCCUUCUUCACGGUUGGUGACGACAAAACAAUCAAGCAAUGGAAAAUGGAGGUGCCAGGUUACGGAGAGGAAGAGGAGCCACUCAACACUAUUCUGGGCAAGACAGUCUUCACAGGACUGGAUCAUCACCAGAAGGAGGCUGUGUUUGCAACAUGUGGCCAGCAGGUGGACAUCUGGGAUGAGCAGAGGAGCAGCCCUGUCCGUUCUUUCACCUGGGGCGUCGACAGCUUCAGCUCUGUCCGCUUCAACCCUGUGGAGACUGAACUUCUUGCAAGCUGUGCCUCUGACAGAAGUAUAGUACUGUAUGACAUGAGAGAAUCGGCACCACUGAAAAAGGUUAUCAUGACAAUGAGGAGCAACACAUUAUGCUGGAACCCUAUGGAAGCCUAUUAUUUCACAUGUUCAAAUGAAGACUACAAUCUCUACACAUAUGACAUGAGGUACCUGGAGCGGCCAGUCACAGUGCACAUGGACCACGUCUCUGCUGUGCUGGAUGUUGACUAUUGUCCAACUGGGAAGGAGUUUGUAUCGGCCAGUUUUGACAAAACCAUCCGAAUCUUCCCCAAGGAUGGUGGCCACAGCAGGGAAGUCUACCACACCAAACGCAUGCAGCAUGUCAUCUGCAUAAAAUGGUCAGCAGACAGCAAAUACAUCCUGAGCGGGUCUGACGAAAUGAACAUCCGACUGUGGAAAGCCAACGCAGCCGAGAAGCUCGGGGUGCUGGCACCCAGAGAGAGGGCUGCCAGCAACUACAGUCAGAAGCUGAAGGAGAAGUUCCAGCACCACCCGCAGAUCAGACGCAUCGCUCAUCACCGACAUCUGCCCAAGAACAUCUACCAUCAGAGAACGGAGCUGAGGAUUAUGAAAGAGGCUCGCCGUAGGAAGGAGAGAAACGUCCGCAAGCACAGCAAACCCGGAACUGUUCCCGUGGUGUCUGAGAAGGAGAAGCAUGUUGUGACUGUGGUCAAAUAGACGGAGCCGGAGAGGAGAGCAUAAGGCAGAGGGGCUGCCGUCGAGAGAUGAGGCGGAGCCCAAGAUCACACCCGCAUGGGACAUGUUCAGACUGCUGUCACUGAACAAUGAAAAGAAAAAGCUUGAAUGUCAGUCAUGGGAGGAGCAAGUGACCAGUUCUGCAUCGUUUGAAAUACAAGGACAUGGACUGUAAAUACACACAAAUCCAACCAGAACAUUCUCUUUCUCCACCAUUCAUUUGAGUCCUGUGUUGGUGUGACUAAUCCCUACCACUGUGCCAAUUUAAGAAAUAAAGAACAGAUUAAAUUGAUCUAAUGUUAAAAGAUAAUACAGUUGAUUAUUAAAGCUAGAUGGUGUAAAGGUUUCAGUAUGCUUCACAUGACUAAAGUGCUCUGUUCCUGUCAGAAAGCUUGCUGUCGCAGCCUCAUCCUGACAUCCAGUCUCUCAAGGUGCUGGAAGCAGCUGUGACGACAGAGAGCUUGACAGUGAAGUUCGGACCCUCCCUUACUUUGUAUUCACACCUGGCCAGCUGCUCCAUGAAGUGGCCAUCAGUGUUUGACGAACUGAAGAACAUUUCUGUCAAAGCAUACUGAUUCCUUUAGAAACAUUUGGAAAGUGACAUAUCUGCAGCGGUUGUUUUCUCCUUUUCUUCCUAAUGCUGUGUCAUUUUAAGUUGACUUUUAGCCAUUGUACUGUCAUUAAACCCUGAGGUUUGUAAAAUAACUGGCCUGAAAGAGAGCAAGAGGUUUGGUUUACCGACAAGAAUGGAAAAGAAACUUAUUUUCUCUUCAGUUUUCCCAUGUUCCCCUCAGUUUUGGUAUAUCUGAUUACCUAAGUAACAUUUUUAGCCGCCAUACUACACUCAAGACCUGUAUGUUUAAGGGACCGACACACUUAUAUGCUGAUGAGUAUUUAUAAUAAACUUCUAA